CCCGGCCCUUGCUCGAUCGAGGCGCAGAUGUCAAUUAUCAGGCCAAAAACAACAUCACUCCGCUUCAUAUCGCUUCCAAAUGGGGACGUAUUGAAAUGGUUCGACUGUUGAUAGCCGCGGGAGCUCUAGUAGACUGUCGCACGCGAGAUGGCCUUACUCCGCUGCAUUGUGCUGCACGAUCUGGACAUGCUGAGCUUGCCUCGCUGUUGAUCGAUGCUGGGGCUAAUCCUUCAGCCAAAACUAGGAAUGGCCUUACCCCAUUGCAUAUGGGCGCGCAAGGCAAUAAUGAAGAGGUGGCCCAUGUCCUCAUCUUGCGUGGGGCAAGUGUCGAAGACAAGACUGGGGAUCUUUUGACUCCACUUCAUGUGGCUUCCCACUGCGGCAAUCGUGAGGUAGCCCGUAUCCUACUGGAAAACCGCUGUGACGCGAAUGCUCGAGCACUGAAUGGCUUUACUCCGUUGCAUAUUGCCUGUAAGAAACAGAAGAUUCGUGUGGUUGAACUACUUCUUCGAUAUGGAGCUCAAAUCGACAUGAUUACGGAGUCCGGCCUGUCCCCACUGCACGUAGCUGCCUUCAUUGGUAGUCCAGAAAUCGUUCAGCUUCUGCUGCAGAAUGGCACCUAUGUGGAUCAAGCUACGAUGCGGAGUGAAACUGCGCUCCAUCUUGCCGCGCGAAAUCGUCAAGUCGAAGUGGCUCGCGCCCUCAUCUUUCACGGUGCAACUGUGGAUGCCAAGGCGAAAGAUGAUCAAACUCCACUGCAUAUGGCUGUGCUUACUGGACAUGUAGAGAUGGUCGUCCUACUCUUAUCAGCCGGUGCUAACCCCAAUUUGACAACCCGCGAUGCCUAUACAGCCAUGCACAUUGCCGCGAAGGAGGGUCAUCAAGAGGUCAUUCGUCUACUGUUGGAUUCUCAUGCGGAUCCAGUAGCACGCACCAAAAAAGGUUUCAUUCCGCUUCACUUGGCCGCCAAACGUGGACGUGUCAAAGCCGCACGUCAGCUGCUUCAAAUUCAACCGAAGAGUGUGAACACGGCUGGUCAGAAUAAUCUUACACCACUACAUUUGGCCGCGCACUACAACCACCUUCGUCUUGUCGAACUUUUGUUGGACAGUGGUGCGGAAGCAGAUUGCCGUGCCGGGAACGGUUACACCCCACUCCAUAUCGCCGCGAAGCAAAACCAUUUGGAUAUUGCUACACUUUUGUUGGCUCACGAGGCUGAACAGUCACAAAGUGGGAAUGCGGAGUCACGUGGUGGUUUCACUCCAUUACAUUUGGCAGCUCAAGAAGGGCAUACUGAUAUGGUUUCUCUUCUCCUACAGCACGGGGCAGACCCGAACCAUCAGUCUAAAAACGGACUCACUCCCUUACAUCUGGCAGCGCAAGAGAAUCACGUCCCAAUAGCGCGCGUUUUACUAUCCACAGGUGCCGAUGUUUCACUGGUCACUCGUGCCGGAUACAGCUCAUUACACACGGCCUGCCAUUUCGGACAACUUGAAAUGGUCCGUUUUCUCUUGGAGGUCACGCAUGCUACCGAUAUCAACCUUCCCACUCAAAUGGGUUUCACUCCGCUACAUUUGGCUACACAACAAGGGCAUUCUCAAAUCGUAUCGUUACUUUUGGAAAUGGGAGCUGAUGGUAACUUACGUAAUCAGCAAGGUCUAACUCCGGCUCACAUCGCCCGAAGACAGCAUUUCGUCACCAUUUUCGAUAUCUUGAAAACUGUAACCACGACGGUGGUCAGCUGGGAGGAGGAACAAGAAGAGCUGGAUGGUACACUUCUACUGCAACAGCCUGACUUCAUGCGUGAACACCCAUUGGAAUCAGAUGAUGAAGGCCUGUCUCCAAGGACACCGCGAAAGGGCGCUCCAGUAAAGCCCACGGCGGAAAGCGUGGCUUCCGGCGGAUCUUUUGGAGAACAGAAAAGUCGAACGGGAACGUUUAGCCUUGGAUUUGAUACUGGGCUAUCUGUCGGUGAGAAUGACGAUAUCUGGGGACAACUGGAGUACAUGCGUUCUACACUGAGUGAUGAAAACGCCAGCGAGAUUGUUUCACCACAUCUAACCUCAAUGUUGGAAGCGCCGGCAUCAGUUCGAAAGGACGAUUCUCGUAUGUUUGGAGAAACCAUUCAAUCUGGUGGAGAUUGGGAGUUGGAGGUCGACAAUGUCAAUAUUGUUCGUAAACCAAUAUCUACGGGAUUUCUUGUGUCGUUCAUCGUGGAUGCGAGAGGCGGGAUGCUUCAAGCUCAGCGUUGUUCAGACCUCCGGUUCUUGAUCCCACCCAAUGCUGUCAAUGGGCCUAUCCGUAUCGUAUGCCGACUUCUUCAUCCGGAACGCGUUGGUUCGCCUCCACCCAUCAACGACGGGGACGGUUUUGCUUGUCGUGUGCUUGAGAUGGGACCGGUUGGUGUCCGCUUUUCCGCUCCGAUCGUUCUGGAGAUUCCGCACUAUGCAUUCCUCACUGAGAAAAACCGUGAAGUCAUUGUGUUGCGUUCAGAUAAUGGUGAGACUUGGAAAGAGCAUCCUCUAGACGCCAACGAUCAAGCAGUUCAGGAUACUGUGAACGGUUAUUUCGACUAUGUGGAUUCGGCUGAUGAACUACGCAAACGCAGUGUACAUCGCAUACUCACCUACGAUUUGCCCCAGUAUUUCGCACUGAUCACGCGUGUGAGACAAGAAUUGAUAUUGAUCGGACCUGAAGGUGGCACUCUGACGUCAAAUGUCAUUUCCGAAGUGCAGGUAGUCUUCCCCCCUGGGGCGCUUCAAAAGAAGAUCCGGGUUGGUCUUCAAGUUCAUUGCAUCGACCAGGAGCUGGUAUCCCGUCUUCUUGGAGCACGCGUCCUUGUCUCACCUAUCGUCACUAUUGAGCCACGUCGGCGCAAGUUCCAUAAACCGAUCACACUAAAAAUGCCUUUGCCAAAGAGCAGCACGGCUACUGGUGCCGGUGGCCUGGCUGCACAUUCCUCGGUAGACUCUCCAAGCCUACGCUUACUUUGUUCAAUCAGUGGUGGAACCUCUCCCACAGUUUGGGAAGAUAUCACAGGCAGCUCUCCCCUAUCCGCUUCUAAGAACACGGUCUCAUUCACAACCACGGUUUCAGCCCGUUUAUGGCUAGUGGACUGCCCGAAUACGACCGAAGUAGUCGAAUUGGCCAGCCGAGUGUAUCACGAAUCACUCUCGGUUCCGUAUAUUGGCCGCUUCAUUGUCUACGGACGGCGGCAUCAUCCAGAAGAAGCACAAAUUCGCUGCCUCUGUCUGACAGAUGAUCCGAUUGCAAAAACUUUGGAGCAGCAGGAAGGGUUCCAUCUUCUUGCCACUGGACCUCAAGUUGAGGUCUUGGAUGAUCAUCCACAUUGGAUUGAAACUGCAGGUAAUUUGGUCCCUGUUGCGAAGAGUGAAGAACAGCUGCAGCUAAAUGUCCGCGCUUUCCAUGAGAACCGGUUAAAUAUGCUUGUGCGUGUGAAAGACCUGACUCAGCCUGCAGUGGGAAAGCUAGCGUUUACCCUGCAUCCGCGCGCCGUUUUACAAAGUUUGGGCAUUCCCCAGAAAAGAAUCACAGUUUUGGAGGCCCACGUCCCCAAUGGCCUAUCAAGUUCGAUCAGUGGAGCUGUACUAAAGACUACUGACAUCGAUGAGGUGACGGAACUUUCAAUGAGUCAACAUCCAGAUGGUCUAGUAAACGGAUUUGGAGUCCCGUCUCACAAAGGUGACUUCUCAGAGGUUAUUGGUCGGUUGGAACUGGAUCUGAGUAACGUGGCCAACAGCGUCGGCUCCGACUGGCCUAGACUGGCCACUGUGUUAGGACUCUCAGCCGAAGAACAGAAAAUGAUCAGUUCUUCCUAUAGGACUGAUUCCGAAUGUGCUUAUGCGGCGUUAAUUAUUUGGCAAGAUCGUGCAGGCAUCGAGUCCACCAGCGGAAAUAAACUAGCCCAAUUUCUACAUCAGAUCGGUCGUUCAGAUGUCGUUCAGGCUUGUAUGAGCAACGUCUCCCCGGUUACCUCACCAGACGAACGACGCAUUGCAUUGCGUGUACUGGACUCUACUGAACCAAGCAGUGUGGCCCCAGCUGUUUCAGGUCCAUUCAGUGAAACCAGUGGUCUUGGCACUUCGCUUGACGGCGUGUCAUCUCAUAUCGUGGGUUAUGAUGUUACUCGCCCCUAUAUUUCGGGUCAAGGCGAAACCGGAGCAGAUAACAACGAAAUGGAGGUGAUAACACCUGUUUACGUAGAACGCCGGAGGCCCGAAGUCGCGUCGACCACUGUCCCAUCCAGACCCGUCCUCGGUUCCGCUCAGCAUGCUGAUGCUCUGCAGGAAGUUCGAGAAGUUUUUGUUGAACAUGAGGUGCCCAGUACUCCCACGCUGUCAUCAACCGUGGAACAACCUUCGAUUGAUGAAUCCGCGAUUGUGCCGGAAUACGUUGAACGAAGAAUCCCCGUUCCAUCCCGACCAUCCGUUCAGUCAGCUUCACCGACAUCAGCUCCUGGAAUUUUCGGAGGGUCUGAAGACAACAUCGGUGCUGGACCCGAUAUGGAUACCUAUAUUGUCGGUACCGAUGUGGAUAAUUAUGGCAACGAUGUGCUUCUCGUUUACGAAUGCAUGGCAAGUAGGACCCUACAUUACCGAGAGUCUUGGUUCAGGUCCUGAUGCUGCUACCGCUGCCGCAGAUAUAGAGACCUUUGAAGACACGUACGAAAACGUACUGAGUGAGAUUCUGUCCAAUCGGUCAUUGGUUCAACAACCCGUUUCACUCACACCAAUUCCUGAAGUUUCUGAAUAUUCACUUCUCUCGUCUUCACUGGCCAGUGCUCAUCCUGGCGGCAGCUGGGAUAGCGCCGAUUUUAGUCCGUCAGCCUCAAGCGACGGGCGUGCGUUGGCCUCACGUAGAUUGCUGCACCAGCUAUUGCAGCAACUCAGAUCCAGUGAAACUACCAAUCCGGAAGAAGACAUAUCAGUUCAGGGUUCUGAAUCUGACCGUGUUCAGAAGCGGUCAUCGUUUGCCAGCUCGCCUUCGGAAACAGGCAUGAUGGAUCCAACUGGUGGGUCCGGUCAUUUGAGACCAGCUAGCAGUCACUCCUCUCUGCUGAACUUCCUUCGUUUGGAAGCUUCUUGUGAAGGCAGUCGGGGUGAUCUGUCGGAGGAGGAGCGGCAACUGGCCUUUGGACAGAAUGAAACUAGUCUGCGCGAUCUGAUUGCUGGUCUUCAGGCCUUACAUAAACAACAUUUAGACGAUGAGACAAGCAGUGCUCCAUUGGAAUCCGGAGAAAGCAGUUUAGGUAGCCAGUUGGCAAGCAGUUCUGGCGACAUGGAGCGACGUGUAGGUGCGGUUAAUCGUGAAAUGCUAAAGGCCUCCGAAGCCAGUCCUUCUGUGUCGUUAGUUGCUUCACUUAUGGCUGCCCAGAUGCAACAUCUUAUCCAGUCGUAUUCCAACAGUUCGUCCAGCGUCAGCUCCCAUCAACCAUCUGUUCAUGGGACACAGACAAGCAGUUCUGACAGACCAUGCCGUGAGUCAGAUAACGGAGCAGGUUAGGAGCUGCGGAACUGUUUCAUUUCAAACAUCCCCGAAGCACCUCUUAGAACAUUUCGCGUCCUCUUUCCUGAAAAUCGCCUGUUUCGACGGUUUCGUUUGUUUCAGUCAAUGAUUUCGUCCGGAUUUGCUCUACUGCUUGUUCGUUCCUUGUUUUACUAGGUUUCCACAAUGCUAGUAAUGUUCCUAUUCUCAUGCCUAUUACAUUUACUUUACUCGUUAUACUACAUAAUGCUGAUGUUGUCAGCACAAUGCUUUUAAAACAUCCUGUCGCCGUGUAUUUUCCUGUGAAUCGAUACACCUAUCGGCUCGUUUUCGCAUCCCUCUGUUUCCACUACCAUGUGGGUUUUUAAUCACCAUCUUGACUACUGAUUAGCCUUUUGAACUCUAAUGAAAAAUUCAGCCACCACGGGGAGCAUCACCCAUUUUAUCUCACCUACAAGUUUGUUUCGCCCACAAGGUCAUUUCGCUUUUUACUACUUUGGACCGCUUUGGUCGGUCAUACUUCCCCACGUUCAGUUUCUGGACACCACUUGAAAAAUUGAUUGGUCUCCCGCCAUAUAAUACGGGGAAUUUAGCCUCCGUCUGUUCAAAAGCCCUUUUCCCACUUCGUUGCAUAUCGCUCGUAUUUGAACUCUUUUGAAAGCAAUUUUCGCUUGCGAUGUUUAUUCGGUCCACAUGUUCGUCUCUAGAUGGCCAAUAAUCUGUUCAACUAUGAAUUCUUGCCUUGCUUCAGUCCCUG